CCAGUAGUUGGAGAGCUAACCAACGCGUGCAGCAAGGUUGAGUUGGUGAGAGGAAAGCGGUGAAAUACCUGAUAAUCAGUGUAGUGUUGGAUUGAUAGUGGUCCAGUUUUACGUUUGUCUGUUUAUACGUCAGUUUAUGUACAGUCAUGCCCGAAGAGGAGAGUAUGGACCCGAUGAACACCGUCACAUGCACCGCUCCUGUGAAUAUAGCUGUCAUAAAAUACUGGGGGAAGAGAGAUGAAGACUUAAUCCUGCCCAUCAACUCAUCUUUGAGUGUCACCCUACACCAAGACCAGCUCAAAACAACCACGACAGUUGCAACAAGCAGAUCGUUCCUGGAGGAUCGACUAUGGCUCAACGGCAAAGAGGAGGAUAUUAACCACUCAAGACUGCAGUCCUGUCUCAGGGAGAUUCGUAGACUGGCACGCAAGAGACGCAGUGAUGGAGACGCUGGUCUGAAUUUGACCGGCUUGUCUCAAAGAGUCCACAUCUGCUCGGUCAACAACUUCCCCACAGCUGCAGGUCUGGCCUCUUCAGCUGCAGGAUUCGCCUGCUUAGUGUACACUCUGGCUCAGGCGUUUGGCGUAGAAGGAGAACUGUCUGGAAUCGCACGACAGGGCUCAGGCAGUGCGUGCAGGAGUAUGUAUGGAGGGUUUGUGCAGUGGAUCAUGGGAAAAGACGACGACGGCAAAGACAGCUUAGCCCAGCAGGUGGAGCCAGAGACCCACUGGCCGGAGCUUAGAAUUCUUGUACUUGUGGCCAGUGCUGAGCGUAAACUCGUGGGCAGCACCUCAGGGAUGCAGACCAGUGUACAAACAAGCUGCCUCCUCAAGCACAGAGCUGACGCCGUGGUCCCAGACAGGAUGGUACAGAUGAUCAACGCUGUGCAGAAAAAGGACUUCACUACCUUUGCUGAACUGACCAUGAAAGACAGUAACCAGUUCCAUGCCACCUGCCUGGACACGUAUCCUCCUAUCUUCUACCUCAACAACGUGUCACGGCAGGUCAUCAACCUCGUGCACAGAUACAACGCACAUUACGGAAAGACCAGGGUCGCCUACACGUUUGACGCAGGUCCCAACGCCGUCAUCUUCACUCUUGAGCGGCAUGUCCCAGAGUUUGUCAGUGUGGUUCAACAUUUCUUUCCUCCAGAGAUCAAUGGCGGACAGUUCAUUAAGGGUCUUCCAGUAAAAGACUCUCUUCUUCCAGAGGACUUAGUGAAGGCCAUUGGUCUAGAACCCAUGCCAAAGGGUAUAAGCUACGUUAUUAGCACCAAGCCUGGACCUGGACCUUGUGUCGUGCAGGAUCCUUCGGAGCAUCUGAUUGGAUCAAAUGGAUUGCCUAAAACGACAGUGUGACGCCUUUUUAAUUAUGACCUCAUGUUCAACGGGAGAAACAGUAGCAAUAACUUCUUCGACAAUGACACAUUAGUACGACUUUUAUUAAAAAGUAAUAAAUACAUUUUUUUACAUACACCACACUAGGUGUACGUCG